AUGGACACCCUCGCCAAAUAUUGCCGCACAGACGACCCUGCUGCCCUGUCCUUUGCAGCAUGCCUUCUCAUCUCCGGCUACAUUGUCGUCAAGUGCAUCACGCCGCCCAAUGCAACGCCCGCCAAAGCCUGGAAGAACGAUGUAAUUUCCAUCUACGGCAACUCCUUCAUCAUGCUCCUCGCUGAUGCCAGCGCCGUCGCCGUCAUCCUCUACCACACCGCCAUCUCCGUAGCUACGCCCGCCGCCUUGUCGCUCAUCUGCCCAAACCCGGCCGCUACAAACCAGACGCUCUUCACAUGGAGUGCGUCAACCGUUAUCCCCAUGCUGCUCAUUGUCGUCUUUGGCCCCCUUCGUCUCGGCGCCUACAAGAACCUCGGCAAAAACUUCACCUACGGCCUCGCUGCGCCCAACAAGCUCAUCACCGACGGCAUCUACAAGUACAUGCAGCACCCCAGCUAUACCGGCAUAAUUAUCGUCGCCAUGGCCGCCCUUGCCCUCUUUAUCAGAUGGGAUGCUAGUGUCGGCUGUGUGAUUCCCGGCUCUAUUCUCAGCUACAUCCAUGCCAUCCCUAAUGCUCCUGGACUAGGCGUUGCGCUGGUCAUGUUCAUCAUCGUGCCACAGCUGGCCACUCGAGUCCGUCAGGAAGAGGCGAUGCUCAAGGAGCUGUUCGGCGAUGAUUGGGUACAAUGGAACGCCAAAACAAGUAGAUUUAUCCCAGGCAUCUUCUAG